GCCACGUUCAUCGACCUGUCCGACGACGAGCCCCAGGGCUCCAUCAGUCCUCGGCCUUCCAGCGAGCCCUGCAGCGAGUCUUCUUCCAGCUGCAGCGCGUUCUUCCAAGCCGAGAAGAGAAACACUGCCAUGCUGGCGAAGCACAUGGAAGAGGCAUGGGCAUCGAACAGCCGGGAGACGAUGAGGACCAGCCUCGAAAAGCGGCGCCUGUCAGCCGCCGCGCAGGCCAUUGACAGCAUCCCUGAGCAGCUGAGCAGCGUGGUACUCAACAAGGCCAAGAGCCUCGCCGAGAGCGUGAAGACCGACCUGUCCUUGGUGCAGAAGGCCAUUCGCUGCAGUGGUGGGGAUGAAGAUGUAGUCGACGUGGCCAUCGAUGAGCUGGGCCAAAUCCCAGGGAUCAUCAGGAGCUCGUUUGACUCGAAGAUCAUGGAGGCGAAUGGCGCGAUACGGCUGAAGCUGAGCGCCAUCAUGCAGAGGGUCAAGAGGAAGAAUUCGGAGAGCGACGAAAUGGUGACGGAGUUGUGGACCAUUCCUGAGGAGCUGGAGCAGAUCACCGGGCAGGCGGUUGACGAGGCCGUGCAAGAGUCCAAGCGUGCGGCGACAAGGCACUGCGACCGUGUGAUGAGGAGCCUGCCGGAGGACGCGGGGGUGAGCCGACAGGCCCUGAGAGACGCCAAGCUGCACAUCGCGGAGGCCGUGCCCGAGAUGUUCACCGAGACGAUGCGGGCCCUGAGGCGUACGACCACUGCGAACGUGAAGCACGCCGUGGCCCACGUGGACGACCCCAGCGAGGUACCGGUCACGAACUGCUUAAUCGCCGAUGUGCUUCUGAGGGCAAAAGCGGGCAUCGAGGAGCCCAGCACGCACGCGGGCUUGGGGGCCACGGCCGCACCUUCCAUCCUCAACCCUGGCGCCGGUGGCGGUUGCCACCGCAACGCUGGGAGCCUGGGCCACCCCGAGAUGUGCGUCCGGCCGUGCCUGUACUUCUUGCGGGGCCAGUGCACGAACAGCGACGCGUGUAGGUUCUGCCACUACCAGCACCCGAUCAGGCCCGUGCACCUUGGGAGGCCGCACAGGAAGACGCUGGAGGCGGCGACGGCGGCCGAGUGCAUCGGCAGCGCGCUUCCCAUCAUCGAGAGGAAGCUUGUCACGCUGAACCUGUCCACGGACGCGCUCAAGGAGUACUCCAGCCAGCAGCGCGCUGGGCCCGACGGGGCCGUCGUCGUCGCUGGUAGUCGGGUCAAGCCUCGGGAGCUGCGGACUCUGGAGAGGGCUUUCAAUGCCCUGUCCAUGCGGUCGCUGCUGGUGGUGCUGCAGAGGAAGGUGGGGGAACAGGCCUCGCGCGAGAAGGCUCUGGUGGACGAGCUGCUUCUGGAGCUGCGCGGCCGGGGCUUCCUCGUCAACGCCGGGUCCGGGCCCUGGAGGGUCUCCUCGCCCUCCUCAUCAUCGUCGUGA